AUGGUCGCUGGCAAAAGGUCCGGUAAAACUUCCUUUCUCCGUCUCCUCCUCGACACAAGCAUCAUCUCCCCCGCCGCAACAAAAGACCAGCUCGCCUCCGUCGCAAAAUUCGUCCAGGGCUCAAGCGGACACACCUCCCACAUACGCACCGCAUCCAUCAAUAUCGACAACGACAUCGACCAGAACCAUCCAAACCACAGGCUCACCCUCACCCUCGUCGACACCCCCUCCCUCGACUUUGAAGAUGAUCCCUCCUCCGAGAGACUCGUCUUGGAGAUCCUCAGGCAUGUAGACUCUAGAUUUGCAGAGGGCAUAGAAGACGAGUGGAAGGCUCAGACUGGCGACCACCAUAUCCAUUUGUGCAUCUAUUUCUUGGAUCCAGACGUUAUAGUCCCUCCAUCUGUACCUGGACCGCCUGCCCCGCUCGUCCCACGAGCCCGUACUAACAGCUUUUCCCAGCCAGAACCAGAACCUGUCAUUCUCGAACCACCAGUCACUACAAAUCCCCUUUUAUGUCGUCCCACCCUCCCUCCAGCUGAAAUCAGCACCAUCCGUCGUCUCUCAGCCAGAGUAAACGUGUUACCCGUCAUAGCCCGCGCAGACACGUUGACUAACGACCGUCUAGCCGCUGUCAAAAUGGCCGUCCGCAGAGACCUCGCCGAAGCCGGGAUUGGCUUCGGUAUCUUUGAUAUGGACACACACCCCCAGUACCAGCAUCGAAGGGAUGCCCCCGAAAACUCUGUCCAUCCUCUAAAAGGUGAACUCGCCAACGGAUACGGCUCUCAUCCCAACGGAUCCUCUCCCUCUGGCCAUCCCUCGCCUCCCACCUCGCCUGCUACGCCCUCCUUCCUGCGACUGCCAUACGCGCUCAUUUCUCCCGAUAUUUAUUCUCACAGCGAUGGAGUGGCUAGGGUGCCCCUGUCACGCCACGAGCUCAUCCAGCAAUACAAUCCUUCCUCUAACCAGCCUUCCACCUCUAAAAUUCACAGGGGCAAGUUCAUCCGUAGCUAUCGAUGGGGAUCUAUGGACGUCUUGGACUCGAUGCACAGCGAUUUUCUGCCCCUUCGAGCGGCCAUCUUUCACCACAUGGAGACAUUGCAAAAAUAUACCAAAGAAUAUCUCUUUGACAAAUUCAGGAAUGAAUAUAUGAUGCAACACCACGCACACCAGUCUCUUGCACACCAGAUACAGCAAGGUAUAGUAUCGCGGGCUCAGCUUCCUGCCCUUUCUCAUGCGCCUCGCCCCACAUUGGCGAUUGACACGACUCCCCACGGGAACAUCAAUCGCCACCCCCCACUCCCCGUGUCUCGUGACGUACCUGUGAAUGCAGACAUCCGUGCCAUGCCUAUCUCCAGAUCCAUGCAGGAGCCCAUCCUCCCUUCUGCUGGUCAAAGCAAGAGUUCGUCGGGUGCUCGCUCCUCUAAGCAGAGGCCAAAAAAGAUCACUGUCGCAUGCAACUUUUGUCGAUGUAAGUGCACGUCUAAAGUCUGCACCUCUGCUCACCAGCGUCCCCAGCUCGAAAACUCAAAUGCGACGGAGGACGGACGCCCCGCUUGCAGCCAGUGCGUCAAGCGAUCCAACCCCUGCGACUACAUGCCCCAAAACAACAAGCGGCGAAGCACGACGCGUCACCGCAAACAGGGUGAAGAGAGCGACUCUGAGGGCGGGAGCGGGGACGGGCGAUCUGGGGACGCCGACGACCCCUCGCUCUCGCCCGAGGUGCCCUCCCAGCCCUUGUCCCGUCGGAGCUCCAACGUCGAUAAGCGACACCAAGAGGCAUUUUCUGCCGCCCUCGCUAGCAGUGGCAGUGCCUCUGAUCGACGCGAGACGGCUGCUCUCCCUGGUAUGCCGGUUGUCGCUAGGGCGAAAUCGAACAUAGGAAGCUCCUCGGCGGUGGAUGGGAGGAGCUUGUUCAAGGAUAAUGAGCUGCCGCAUAUAGCGACGUUGGCACUGCCUGAUACAUCACCAACAACAGGUCUCAUCUCGGGCGCUCCGCUCCCCCCUAUCAGGCCUGCUUCCGAACAGCAGGCCGCUCAGCGAAAACGGGCGUCUACGAUCCCAGGUAGGAGUAACCGCCAGACGUCAAACGCGGGUCCCAAAGUUGUGGCGUGCAACUUUUGCCGAGCUCGCAAGACCAAGUGUGAUGGUGCGCACCCUGCGUGUUCUAGUUGUGCACGCAGGUCUUUGCCUUGUAAUUACAACCACGAGUCGAGCGCCCAGAACGGCACUGCGCAGAAAAAGGGGGGUCGGCGUGCCUCUACGUCGAAAGCAGGUCCUGGACCAGGCUCAGACAACAUCUCCCCUCCGACCAACUCGCCUCAAUCGUCUUCCCAACUGCAAUCUAGCGGAAACGACUCUCGGUUUAGUGCGAAUGGGCCGACGACGAUGCAGGGUGGGAGCGCUAUGGAGCAGAAUGAGGGAGAUUUGAAGAGGAAGAUGGAUGAUGAUGAGGCUGGACAGCUGCAAAAGAGGAUGAGGGUCGAUGACUCUUCUGGUGGUGGUGCCAUACCCUGA